AUGGAACAACUACUCAAAUCGGCUUAUAUCACACUACUCGUGUUUGGAUUGGUAUUUCUCUACGCUCUUCGCCAUGGUCGGGGCCGAAAGCUUAAGCAUCCACCAUCUCCUUCUUCCUUGCCAUUCGUUGGAAAUAUUUUUUCGAUGCCCUCGGGCCCAGAAUACAUCGCAUACAUGAAGUUAGGCCACCAGCUUAACAGUGAUAUUAUUUAUCUAAAGUUGCUGGGGCAUAGCACGAUUAUCCUCAACUCGGCGCAGGCUGCAUCCGAUCUCUUCGAGAAACGAUCUUCCAAGUAUUCAGAUCGUAUUAAUUCACCGAUGGCCACAGACCCUACCCUACUCGACUGGCCAGGACAUCCAUCAUUCAUUGGAUACAAUGAUCUGUGGCGCUCCUAUCGACGAUUGAUUGGUCAUUGGUUCAAUGCUCACGCCGUAACUCAGUUUCACCAAUCUCAUGAGCAACAGGCCCACCUGUUGCUUCGUCGGCUAUUGGCAAUCUCAAAGCAGGAAACCCCCUUUGAGGGAACUCAGCGCACUGCUCGCGAAUGGAGGGAACAGAAGAACCGAGCUCUGAACAGCACAUUUCAAUGGACUAAGGGACAAGUGGCCACGGGCUUAGCAAAGCCAUCAGUGGUUGGUACAUUAUUGGACCACCAUCUGACUUCCAAAUGGGCGGAAGAAGACAGGGAAUAUCGCUUGAAGGAGCUCGGCAUACUACUGUUUUCUGGUGGUACUGAAACUUCAGGACAUGCACUACUUGGAUUUGUGGCCACGAUGGUCUUAAACCCAAAGAUUCAGGCGAGAGCUCAAAAAGAGAUUGACGAUGUAAUCGGUAACUUGAAGCUACCAAAAGUGGAAGAUCAAGCGCGACUCCCUUAUGUGCGGAACCUGAUCAUGGAAACGCUGAGAUGGCAUCCGGUACUCCCAACUGCCUUGCCGCAUGUAUGUUAUGAGGAUGAUGUUUAUCGGGGAUAUGAUAUCCCGAAAGGAACAGUCUUAAUAGGAAACCUUUGGGCUAUGAGUCGCGACGAAACUUUAUACAAAGAUUCCGACACAUUUAACCCUGAUAGGUUUCUGGACCCAAACGUACCCCCGUUUCCAGCAUUCGGCUGGGGAAGACGCAAAUGUCCUGGGUUGUACUACGGGCAGGAUACGGUCUUCGUGGCUGUAGCCUCCCUACUCGCAACCUUCACAUUCAAAAGGAAACUUGAUUCAAAUGGGCAGGAGAUUGUACCAAAGAUAGAGCACGGCUCAAAUUCACUAACCCUAGGACUGGAGCCGUUUGAAUUUGAGCUCGCACCACGCUCGGAGAAGCACGAGCAGCUUAUCCUUGACUUAUCUUCAAAUCUUGAAUCGGGGCGCAACUGA